GUCGGUAUACUGGGUAUACAAUUUGUCGGAACCUCUCCUUUUAGUUCAUAACGUUGUUACACGAGCACGUGGUUAAAACUGUGAUUAUUGAAUUUAAAGCGAAAUACAAGCAUAAUCACAAUGCCUCUUGCAAAAGAUUUUCUUCAUCCAAGUCCAACUGAAGAAAAAAGGAAGCACAAGUUAAAAAGACUUGUACAGAAACCAAAUAGCUAUUUCAUGGAUGUUAAGUGCCCUGGAUGUUAUGCUAUCAAAACUAUCUUCUCACAUGCACAAAGAUCAGUUGAAUGUGAUGGCUGUCGCACAAUACUUUGUACAUCCACAGGUGGUAAAGCUCGAUUAACAGAAGGUUGCUCUUUUAGGAAAAAGGUCCAAUGCUAGUGCAACAAUCGUUAAAACAACAUAAUGUAUACAUUUCUCUUUAUAUGCAAGAAA